GCGUACCUUGGUAAUCAGGGGACUGAUAACAACGACGGACCAGGAAGCGACAUUUUUUUUUCAAAAUAACGAAGAAAAUGCGAAAAGGUUUAUAAACAUGCAGUGAGAAUUCUAAUAUUGUUUUUUUUCAACCAGUAUUUAUCAGAUUAGUGUCGUUUCGCAAGAAAGAGGGGACCUUCCGUCUGUAACUAGGAAGUUACUAGGAAGGACCAUAGAGGUGUCCGCAAUGUGGGGGGAGAUCGACCCUGGUCCCGAGUCCAGUCCGCCUGUCAGCGAUGAACCGGUGGCCUGCAGACAGACCGACCACCGGGGACAAUGGUUCGACCCCCGGCGACCACAGCCCGACCCCCGGAGACCACAGCCCGACCACCGGAGACCACAGCCCGACCCCCGGAGACCACAGCCCGACCCACAGCCCGGUCCCAGUGGAACCGAACCAGCUUCUAGCUGCUCUGUAACCGACAACACCGAGGAGGACGAGCCGCAGGACAACCAGGCGGAUCUCAGCGGUGUGUGUGCCAUGGUGGAGGUGGUGGCUGUGAGUGGUAGCCAGGUGAAGAGCCAGCAGGUAGGUGAUGCAGAGCUGACCGUAGCCCAGCGGAGAGAGGAGCUGCUCGGACAGUACCGGACCAAACCCCUGGUGUUUCUGGAGCGAUACCAGGCCCACCUGAAGCCUCAGCACCUGUCAGCAUUCUGCCAUCUGAUUUCUGACCCACGGGCUCAGUACUACUGCCGUGAGGUGAGGAGGAGAGCAGCGGGACGAUCCAACAGGACCCGCGUUCGCAACCAACGCUACGCCGCCCUCAGGGAGCUGCAGAGGGAGGGCCAGUACUUCAGCGAGGACCAGAUGAGAAGCCGGGAGCCCUUACUGUAUGAGCAAUACAUCGGCCAAUACCUGACUGAGGAGCAGCUGUUACGUCGCUCCCUCGAGGCCAUGCAGGGAGAAGCAGGGGAGGAGCGGGGCCCGGGGGGAGCAGAGGGGGGACUGGCCCACCUCCUCCUCAACUCCUACCAGGAGAGACUGAUCCAGAGUCGGAUGCAGGAGGAGCAGGACAGGGAGGAGAACGCACUGGAGGAGGAAGAGGGAGAGGAAGAGGCUGGAGGGUUGGGGGCAGAGGGCUAUGAACCAUCACCCCAGGAGAAAUCACUGCUCAGGGACGAGUUCAUCACUCUGAUGUACCAACGCUUCCUGGACGGACACGACAAAGACUUUAACUACAGUGAAGUGGAUGGGAACCCCGACUUCGACAACCUGGACAUCGUCAACAGAGAUGCAGAGGAGAAGUACUUCGAUGAGGAUGAAGAUGAGGAGGAUGAGGAGGAGGAGGAAGAGGAGGAGGAUGAGGAGGAAGAGGAGGAGAUGACUGUAGUUAUGAUGUCAUGACAGCAGCUGUCAUUUGGACUGUAAAAUACGAUAACUUCUGUAAUAACUAAACUGUCAUGUUUCUAGUCUUUCUGUUCCCGUCACAUUCAUGUAAUAUUCAGUUUGUAUGGAUGGCAAUAAAUCGUGUAUGUUUACCUA